AUUCGGGGGGUUUCUCAUAUGUUUUGGAUCCACCCAUGCUGAGUUGUCAACACGUGCCACUGAAAUAGCUUUGCGCAUCACGCAUGCCAACAGCGGCUCGUGAUUAGUUCCAGCGCACAUCAGUGAACAGACACGGAACGCGGUAGCUUCCGCCGCAGCCAACGAAAUCUCACUGGGGGCGGGAUUCACAAAAUAAUCACGCGCCGUUAUGACGUCACCUCCGCAGUGUCGCACGCACCCGCUGAAAUGAGAGACGCGCGCCUCGUCACAUCAAGGAAAAGCUGCUGUUGAACUGAAGGCACCAUGGCCACACCAACGUCUUUAGAUCCAGAUUUGGUUCGGGAGGUCCUGGAAUGUCCCAUUUGUCUGGAGACCUACAACCAGGAUCAGCUUCGACCCAAACUGCUGCAGUGUGGUCACUCUGUGUGUCGCCAAUGCCUUGAGAAACUCCUCGCCAGUACGAUAAAUGGCGUGCGCUGUCCCUUCUGCAGCAAGGUGUCUCGUAUGAGCAGUAUUUCCCAGCUGGCUGACAAUCUCACUGUGUUGAAGAUCAUCGACUGUGCAAGUUCAUGUGGCUCUACUAUGGGUCUCAUGUGCAAGUCUUGUAAAAAUCGCCUGCCCCGGCAAUACUGCAGUGACUGCAGCAUCUUGUUGUGUGAUAUUUGUAAAAAUGAGGGUCACGAGUGUCAGGGUCACUUCGUCCAGGCCAUUCGUGUUGCCGCUGAACAGCGGCGAAAAGAAAUCAGCGGGAAACUUUCUAACUUGCGGGGCUCAAUGGGAAACAUUCAGAAGAAGAAGGCAGCUAUCGACAACAUGACAAAAUCACUCAAACUGAAGUACAAGGCUGUACAGCAGGAAUACGCCAAGGCUGAGUUGCAGCUCCAGGAGGAACUUGGCCGUUCACGCCGUGCCUUCGCCACCUCCUUGGCCGAAAUAGAAAAACUCAAUGCCCAGAUUCUGGAGGAGCAAACGUACCUGCUCAGUAUCGCUGAAGUGCAGGUGGUGUCUAGAUGUGACUAUCUAACCAUGAGGAUCAAGCAGACGGAUGUUGCUCUACUGGAGGAAGAGAGCAACAGUGAAGAAGAAGAGUUGGACUUUAAAACCAAUCUGCCUGUCAUUCUAAAACUUCAAGAACCUGAAUUUGUUAAAACGGGGUGCUCGAAAUCCUUGGAAGUUGGGCAACUGACCACAAAACCCUGUACUGUUAAUGCAGAGGAAGAAGACAGACUUGAUUUCGCCGCUUCCAUUGCCACCCCUUUGGACAUUUACCGUGAUAUUGACAUGGAAACGACAGUUGAAGAGGCCGUUUGCGCUUCUCCCGGCAGCUUCAAGUCCAAGUCUGUUGAUGGAGGUGGACCUUCUCCAGGUGCUUCUGGUGGGCAACUCUGUCAGUUUGUGAAAAAGAUGGGCUGCAAGGGCAAUCUGCCGGGCAUGUUUAACUUGCCGGUAAGCAUUUGUGUCACACUGCAGGGCGAGGUGCUCGUGGCCGACCGAGGGAACUACCGCAUCCAGAUCUUUAACCGCAAGGGCUUCCAAAGGGAGAUACGGCGUAACCCGAGCAGCAUCGACAACUUUGUCUUGAGUUUCCUAGGUGCUGACCUUCCCAACCUCAUCCCGCUCUCCAUUGCAAUCACUGCUCAGGGCCUCAUCGGCGUCACCGAUAACUAUGACAACUCUGUGAAAGUUUACACCACAGAUGGCCACUGCAUUGCUUGUCACAAGAACCAGCUCAUCAAGCCAUGGGGAAUCGCGGCCAUGCCUUCGGGCCAGUUUGUCGUGUCAGAUGUUGAGGGGGGAAAGCUGUGGUGCCUGGCCGUGGAUCGUAAUGUAGGGGUUGUGAAUUAUAACCGCUUAUGUUCAGCUGUCAGGCCCAAAUUUGUAACUUGUGACUCCUCAGGUACAGUCUACUUCACACAGGGCUUGGGUCUAAACAUUGAGAAUCGACACAAUGAACACCACCUAGAGGGGGGUUUCUCAAUCGGCUCGGUGGGAAUGGAUGGCCAGCUGGGAAAGCAACUAAGUCAUUUCUUUUCAGAGGCAGAGGACUUUCGAUGCAUCACCGGCAUGUGUGUUGACUCGAACGGGGACCUGAUCGUAACAGACAGUGGGCGUAAGGAGAUAUUGCAGUUUCCUAAAGAAGGUGGCUAUAAUAUUCUCAUUCAGGAGGGCCUAACCUGCCCUGUAGGGGUGGCUGUUACACAAAAGGGUCAACUGCUCGUCUUAGAUUGCUGGGACCACUGUGUGAAGGUCUACACUUACUUGCAAAGGAGACGUUCCUCUACAUGUUAAGACUGCUGUGUGGACAAUAUAUAAGACUAGUCACUUUAAUUCAAUGGCUUCAUUACAAAUGUGUUUGCUUUUCAGUGAUUUCUGACCUGUAGCUUCCAGUGGCUGGGAUGGGGCAGCUAAGCUGCAACCAUUCACCACUGGAGCAGCUGAAUAAUGGCUUAUGGGUAUUAUCAUGGAUGCUUUGGGCAAAUGGAUUUCGAAAUAUAGCACAACUGAUGGCAAUAACCGACAAUGUCGUUCUUUAUGUGUGCAAGUCAGUUCUCAUGAUUUCUGGUUUCUCUGUGAUGCUGUACAGGCAUUAAGAUUGAGACUAAGAGUUAAUGAGAAGAUCUUUUUUUGUAGUUGCUGUGUGAAGAUAUGCUAUGAAAGUUA